AUGAAGAAGAAGCAGAAGUCGAUCACGGACGGUCCGGUGGCCGCGCUCGGGGCCGCGCGGCGCGGCGCCAAGCUCGUCAUCGAGCCCCGCGGGGCCUACAAUGCCACGUCGAAGCUCCACGACUUUGACGGGGAGUGCGGCGCCGCCAACCGGCUGAGGAUUCGGCCGACGCUGCUAGCGACGGCUCCGACGGCGGGCUCGCGGACGGCGCCGACGACCCAUGACUCUGCGAUGCCCGCCAGGCCGCAGCUACCGACGAGUGCGGGCCCGCGGAGGCCGAUCCCGCUGGGGUGGACCACAGGACGACUUCCCGGGCGCACCCGCCCGCGGCGAGCUUCAAGUUCGGUGUCCUCCCAGAUGCGAGGGGUCCCUCGGGGAUGGUGGCUCGGCGGAUCCUGUGGUUUUGUUCUUCAGCUCCGCUAUGUUGAUCCUAAAGUUGAUGUUUUCUUGGUCCAAAUUGCACCGAGCGCGGAUAAUCGCGUGGUUGGGGGCUGA